AACCUCCUUGCUCUUAAAAACCCCGUUCUUCCUCACUCCUCCGGUUCCUCACAUUCGUUUCUGCUCGCCUUAGACCAGAGAGAAGAAGUGAAGCGAAGGGCUAGGAAGGUUCUCCAAUGGCGGAAAACAAGCAAAUCACUCCACAGUUCGACCUAAACGCCAAAUGGGAUUCCUGCCUUGAUCUCACGCUUCGUCGGGUAGUUUAUUCGUCUUCGGCUGGUGCACUGAGCGGUCUCCUUCUCUUCAGGAGUCCUGUGACACGAUGGGCAUCUGUAGCGCUUGGUGCUGGUGUGGGUAUUGGUUCGGCAUACACUGAGUGUUCUUACAUAUUUGAUGCGUCUCCUCCAAAGUUCACUUCUCCAAAACAUUCACAAUCUUCUGCAUCUCAGGAUAAACAGGACUGAGGUUGGAGACUGCUCCAGGGACCCUAAAACUUUGAGUAUUUU